AUGAACAACGCUCGACACAAUCCAGCGAUGGACACCACUCAAGUCGUCGCCAGAAGUGAAUUAUACAACGAAGAUAAUGAUUCGGCUCCAUCAUCUACAGAGUUGGAUGAAGAUAUGAUUCCCAAGUUUGAAUUUGUAACUGUGAAUCAAACUGGUGAAGUGAAUGGAAAAGAAGCUGGUGAUGGUCCUGCAAAUGAGGAGGAAGAAUUUGACUUUCCGCUUUUCUCUUUCGGCGGAAGUAUUGAUGUUUCCAAUGCAGACAGUCUGCCCAAUAAUGAAGCAGAAGAACAAGAACAAGGACAAUCAAGAGGAAGGAAUACCAGGCGACUUAUCAAAGUUUCACUCAGGGAAGAAUCUCCAGAUUUUGUUAAGCAAGAACGGCCCCGCAGUUACUAUUUUGCAGAUUAUUCACAAGAUGAUAUCAAAAAAUUCGAGAGCAGUGCCAUAAACUAUCAAGUAGCGGUGAGAGAACACACUCUGUUGGCUACUGUUUCAGCGAUAGGCCGUGGACGACAUUCUUUGAACCUGGAUGAGCACAACAAAAGAAUAGAAUCUGACCGUUUACGGGAACUAAAAAUAAGGCGAAGACGACCUGGGAAGAAGCAACGGGAGGCCAGAAAACAAGGUGCUGAAAGAGUUAAACAGAGGCUUGAAAACGCCAAAGAGAUCAAAAAACUUGUGAAGAAAAAAUUCCACAAACGUGGUGGUAAAAAGAACCAAAAAACUUCUGACGUAGUUGCCAAGCAGCAGCCGCGUUUCCGAACUGAGUAA